CCUCAACUGGAACUCUGGAAGGUUCUCUGAUUCUCUCUAUCAGAUCAGAGAAGGGCAAAAAAAAAAAAAAAAACUUAACCGGAAGCGCCGUAUCCCUCUCGUCGGCAGCGGCGCGGCGGUGAGACGAGCCGAGGGCGCCAGGCGGAGCCAUUGGACCCGGCUUCAUCCACCGGAGCAGAUGGAAGCAAAUCAGCCACAAGGAUUUGGAGUUGAACAGAAGUCAGGACCAGAGCAAACUGAUGAGAUGCUAGGAUCACAGGUUAACCAAAAGUUCACGGGAAUGUCCCUAGACGACGCUGCUGUGGAAGCUGGCAUUUUUCAAGAAAAGCAAGAUGAUCCAGAGGCAAGAUUGGAGGUUCAUCAGAAGUUUGCUGAAAUGUGCCUAGACACUGCUAUGGGAACUGAUAUUAACCAAGAAAAGCAAUCUGAUCAAGAGGCAAGAUCGGAGGCUGAUCAAAAACCUGCAGAAACUAUCAGGCAGUGCACAGUUGUGGAAUCCAAUGUUAAGUCAGAAGAGCAGCAGGCUGCUGCUAAUCCAGGUGUCAUUUACCGCUGCAAAAAGUGUCGGAGGAUGGUAGCAACACAAGAGUACGUCGUCACGCACGAGGUAGGCCUAGGAGAGGCAGGCUUCUUAAAGCGCAGAAACGAUGCGGAUGAGAAGAAGCCUGAAUGCAGUGCCUGCAUCUUCGUGGAGCCCAUGAAGUGGAUGCAGGCUGUGGAAGAGGGGUACGUUUCGAACAAGCUGUGGUGCAUGGGAUGCAAGACCCGGCUGGGAUCGUUCGACUGGGCAGGCAUGCAGUGCUGCUGCGGAGCGUGGGUGAUCCCGGCUUUCCAGCUGCUCAAGAGCAGGAUCGACGAGUCUCACAUGUGAUUUUACUCGGCCAAGUGGCCUUGCCAUUGCUGGGCGAGUUAGUGGUUAGCGGUGAUACUGCAGCAGCAUAUGUAGGAACUAGGAACUGAUACUGUCAGAUUUGUUUCUCUGUAUAAAGUGCGCUUAUCUUGUCCACCACAUCAGCUUUGCCCAGCGUCUGUUUU